GUGAAACCAUUUUGUGGAAAGUACAAAAACGUAAGCUCCAAUGAAACUGAUUACAAUCGGACUAGUGUUCACCCUGCUGGCUGUCGUUUUUGUAGACCAAACCAAUGCUGAUGUUUCAAAAUGGGAGGAAUGGUUGGUAUGCGCCCGAAUUGGUAGCAAAGCGAUUGGCAGUCUGGUCAGAGAGUCCAUCCCAGCUGCUCGCAAUUUGAUCAACUGUCUUGACUUUACUCGACCAGAUAAUUUGGGUGACGGUUAUCUACCAAGACUGAAGGUAUUCUAUGAAUUUCUUAAAAUUGGUGCCUUCAAAAAGUCCAACUGCCUGCUAGUGCCCAUGAAGGUUACCGUGAAGCUUCUUAGACCCUUUAUCUUUGCACUUGAGACCAAUAAUUGUCUUGUUGCGUAAAUAACCCUUUUGCUAAUAUUUAAAUAAAGUACAGCAAAACAUUCUUAA